AUAGCAGUACUACCUUAACCUUGGUCACCACUGCCUUAAGCUCUGACUGCACUUUGAUCAAACUUUGUGCCACUCACUACUCUGACUUUGCAAGUUUGACGACUGCAGACAGGACCACACGUAUGCUUGAGUACCUUGACUGUGUUAAUACUGAGGUUACAUGAUGAGGAAGAGAGGUGCUAAAGCGGACAAGUCCUCCAUGCGCAGUAAGGCACAGGCGGCUGACAGGGUGCAGAAGAAAGAGGAGACAUCGUGGUUGAAAAGAGGCGUAUUGGCCCUUCUGAUCAUGCUUGUUUUUGGGCCUUACUUGCUGACCAAACUCCCAGAAUUAAUCCAGCAUGGUGUUUAUGCUCACAGAAUCAGGCUGCCUUUCUUCAUUGACCUGAGCCAACCUGCAGACUUCUCUCAGAAUCACACCGUCAACAUGUUCUUAACAUCAGAGGAGGGGAUCUCCUUCGGUGUAUGGCACACAGUCCCUGAAAGCCUGUGGAAAGAGGCCCAGGGGAAGGACUUGGCUUGGUACCAUAAGAGUUUAGGUGAUGGGAGGCCAGUUUUCAUCUAUCUUCAUGGUAACACGGGCACAAGGGCAGCGCCUCAUCGGGUGGGAGUGGCAAAAAUAUUGAGUACACUGGAAUACCAUGUGCUGGUGCCUGAGUACAGAGGGUUUGGAGAUUCCACUGGAGAGCCGACUGAAGCUGGUCUGACCUCUGAUGCCCUCUACUUGUACAACUGGGUGAAAGCACGCAGUGGAAAGAGCCGGGUGGUCAUCUGGGGACACUCUCUGGGCACAGGUGUGGCGACUAACACAGCUGUCAAACUGGUUGAGAAAGGGGAAGUUUUCGAUGGCGUCAUCCUUGAGGGUGCUUUUAGUUCCGCUCGACAGAAGAUUACAGAACACCCCUUUUCUUGGUAUUACUGGAAACUUCCAGGUGUGGGUUUGUUUCUCCCAGAGCCAUGGGCAGAUAACAAGGUUGUGUUUCCUACUGACGAAAACUUGAAGAAGAUGAAGAGCCCGAUCCUCUUCCUUCAUUCAGAGGACGAUCACUUAGUUCCCAUUCAGAUUGCUCAGCAGAUGCAUGAGGCGGCAGCCAAUGCCCAGAAUGCCGAGCGAGUCAAGCUGGUGCAGUUUGAUGGUUCUCUGGGGUACUUACACAACGGCUUAUACAGAGAUCCCCAGCUGCCCGACAUCCUAAAGAAGUUUGUGGGGUCAUUGUAAUGCUCGACGAAUGAGAUGGAGAAGAUUGCCAAAGUAAAGAACACUGAUUCCCUCUGAUCACACACUACAUUCAUAUGAACUGUUUGUAUUACUGUUGAAUAAAUAUGUAAUUAUGUUCCAUAACAGAUUUUUUUAGAAAUGAUUUUUCCCUAAAAUGGUACUUUAUUCUUCAUAAUGAAAACGAGCAGUAACUUUUUUAUUACAAUCCCAGUUUGGGUGAGCAGAUGUUGCAGCAUGUGGUGAUAAUGCCCAUCUAUGAACUAUAUAAUUAGGAUGGUAGGCUUGCAUUUUUUUAACGGUGCAAUGAGAACAGCUUGGGGAAAACGUGAAUCUUGAUGCUGAUAUGUUUGUGCAAAUCACCGUGGAGAGUCAGUUCAAACUGCUGAGGCUUAAAGAAGGGUUUGUGCUGAUCACAAGAUCCUGUGAUAUGAAUUAAAGGAGUACUGAGAGUUG